AUGUCCUCCCGAAAGGUCCGAGUCAAGAAGCUGAGCAUCAAGACGACGCUUCCUGUGCUCAGAGAGGACCAAAUCGACCCUUCCGAGUACGAGGCACUCACCACCGACAUCCAAAUCGCAACAGGUGUCGAACAGGCCGAGGAAAAUGAAUACCAUCUCCAGACCAUUCUCAAGGAGGCGGGCACCAGCAAUGACCAAGAAAUCCCCGUCCCGCCGCCCCAGGAGAGCGCCAUCAACUACGAUGAGCUCUAUCCCAGCGUCUUCCACCAGCCGUCCUCCUAUAUCCGGUUCUCGCAGACCGUAGAGGAGUGCAUCAGCUGCCAAUAUGACAUGACAACCGAGGACGACGAGUUUCUCACGACAUACAACGGCAGUGGCCCUGCUGGCGGCCCCUUGUCCGAGGAUGACUUUGAGCGUAUUAUGGACGUCUUUGAGGAGACGGCAGCCGAGCAGACGCCCUUUGCAUCAGUCGACAACACUGUUGUCGCUUAUGACAUGAUGGUGCCGUCCCUGAACCACCUCGGCUCUCCCUCCAUCCUCCAGCACGCCAAGGCGAUAUAUGAGUACUGGAAGACGAGUCGACAGGGCACGGGCAACAAGCCGUUGCACCCGACUCUCAAGUUUGAGACGCACCAGGAGACCGACGACGCCGACCCUUAUGUCUGCUUCAGACGCCGCGAGGCAAGGCAGACGAGGAAGACGCGGGCUCGCGACAAUAAGAUUGCAGAGACGCUCAAGCGUCUCCGGCGCGAGCUUGAGGACGGUCGUCAGCUCAUCCUCAUGACCUAUGAGCGCGAGCUCAUGAAGCGAGAUGUCCUGCAAUCAGACAGGGCCCUCUUCGAGGAGAGAGCCCGGCUGAAGCAUAUGAAGAUCAAGCUGGGCAUCAAGGGCGAGGAGGACGACCUGGUCAACCAAAAGAAACGCAAGGCCGCCGAGCCCGUGAGCGCGCCGAGACAGCCCGGCACGCAGUUGCGAGCGCCAAUGCGCCCCGACGGGCGGACUGUUGAGCAAGAGCUCGUGUUGCUCUCCGACUUGCUGACGCAAAAGGAAAAGGAGCUCAGGGAGGAGAUUGAAAGCAAAGUGCAGAACCACCGGCGGUGGAAUCAAAACCAUGUUGAUCUCACCAGAGACCCCCUGUCCCCACUAAGGGAACGGGGCAUGGAGCUCAAGUUCCGUCCGGCAAAGACUCAGUAUCUGAUGACGCCGCCGGCUUCGUCGGCGUCGGAAUCCAUGGAGGUGGACUAUGACACGCCCGAGCCCAUGGCGCUGGACAAGCAGGAGCCCCCCGUCUUCCAGUUCAAGGCAGGGGGCGUGGGCAGCGACGAGGCGCCCAUGCGUCAGCCCUCGUUCCGGCGGCGGAUAGGUCGUCUCCAGCGGCUGUGGAUCGACCGGAGGGGCAUGGCGACGCCGCCGAGAGAGUCGAACGGGCACUCGGACCGGUGGAAGUACGACUCUGACGACGACGAGGCGGAGCCGCCCGUCUAUGAGGUGGACCCGUUCGACACGCUCGCCCUCAAGUUUCGAGCGACGAUUCCGAUGGGGCAGUACAUGUACCGGGGCAGCCGGCCGCCGAUGCCUCUGGACGGCGGCCCGGUGGGAAGCAGAGUGCUGGCACCGCCGCAAGCCGCGGCAGCACAAGCCCAGACACAAUCUCAGGCCCAGGCAACUUCAUGA